AAAAGAACGAUAUUUCAAAGAUUCCACAUGGUUACUUUGACAACCUAACAGAAUUAACCUAUCUGCAAAUAAACAACAACAAAAUAGCUGUGCUACCUGAGGGACUUUUUGACAACGCAGUCAACCUAGUAGAAGUAAACUUCAACUACAACCUCCUUACAGAAAUACCAGAUGGACUGUUCAGUAACAUGCCAAAGUUGAACUGGUUAUUUGUUGAAGGGAAUCCAUUAGACUGUGGUUGUCCAGUAGAGAAUUUCCGAACAUGGUUAUUAUCUCUAGAUCAAUCCAUCACCUUUGAUGCUUUUUGUGAGAAUGGAGAUAAAGUAGUGGAUUUACCAGGGGCUUCGUUCGAUGUCUGUGUUGUGACUACGACUUCUACAACAACUACUACAACGACAACAACGACGACACUCCCUCCGACGACAACAACUACAACUUCCACUACAACUACAACACCAAUACCCACAACAGAAGAGUCAACAGUUAUAAUUAGCGUAGUACCAGAAGAAGGGGAUGCUUUAGUGACUUUCCUGAUCUCUCUGAUUUUGUUGAUCAUCAUUGUGAUGACCUGCGUUGGUGUACUCAUUCUGAACUACAAAUACAGGAAUCUACUCAAAAUUCAACCGGAGAAAGAGGGUGAAUUUGACAAACCAGAUGAGACCGAGGCAGAAGAGAAUGUUAAUCUGACUGACAGCAGAUACUGAGCGACACAGUGUCAACUGAACAAAUCACUUAGUCAGUUUAAGACAUGUCUAAACAUGGCGGAAAUUAUCCGUUGCAUUCAGUGUUUGCAUUUCAAGUUUAUGUUGUAAAUCAAUCGCUGCAAUUAACAUUGAUGAAUUGUUGUAUUUUCAUUGAUUUGUUUGACUAUGUUGCAUAUUGUCUUUUAUUUUUUAUGCUCCCGAAAAAAAUCUGCGUCGCUUUGUCU